AUGUAACAUAGUUAAAAUGGUUCAGGUUAAAUCCUGCUAAAAUGCACCAUCUGCUGGUAAAACGGGGUAUUGCAUUCACCCUAGAAAGAGCGGGGUAUUAUGGGUAAUCCUCAGAGCCAUGAGGAUCACUGUCGAGGAGUUUCUUUCAUGCCAGAGACUGACUUUACCUCGGUGCCCAUGUGUGAAAUGCAGGUAUGAAAUAAAGAAAACAACUGAUGCCAGAUUGAGCUCCUAGUCCUUCAUUUCUGCACCAAGAAGCCACCAGAUCCACGUAGGCCACAUUGGUGCCGUGACUCGUCCAGAACUACAUCGGACCGGGCUGGUGACUUCUGAUCUUCACGUCGCUGGAGCUCCACUGUACCAUCUGGGUUUUCAACAAUAGUCUAAGUAACACAUCUGAGUGUUUAUAAAUCCUUGGCAAAGGAUAUUUUCUUUUGAAUGCUUUUGGACUUUUGUCAAAAUGAAUUUCAGUAAUUUUGGACAAUCAAACAUGACUCCACUCUGUAGGGGUAGAGGUAGAGGGUUCUUUAACACCCCUGUUCCAUUUUCAAUGGGUGACAAAGUGUCGGGUGGGGCAUUACUUGAUGUAAAUACUGAAAAUGACUCAUUUGUGACUGGGGAAGCUGUUACACCCAGUAGUCAGACCUGUCCUAAUAUUCAACCUCGUCAGUGUUCUAGCACAUCUACCCCAGAUUCUCAUGUUAAUAAUGCUGGGCUAGUUGAUCAGAUGAGCACUAUUGUCCAACAAAUAGGGCAACAGCUGGCUGAUAGUGUUAUGGCACACCUGAACUCAAGCACCCCAAGUGGUACUGCAAUAAAGAAUACUCAAAAUGAGAGCCAUCAAGUUCCAUGCAGCUCAUUGGAUCUUUCUCAGGUCCAGCUCGUCUCCAGAAGCCAGGUGAGAGAACCACCUAUUUUUAAAGGGGAGAGUUCUGAUACAGUUACAGUUGAUGAAUGGGAGGACUCAAUGAAAAGUUACAUCAAAAAGAGUGGUGUACAGCAAGAACACCAAGCUGAAGAAAUCCUGAUCCAUCUUAGAGGCAGAGCAAGGGAUGUUGUGAGGUGUGGAAUACGCAACUGUGGAAUUGAUGUUCAGCACAAUCCACAAGCCAUCUAUUCUCUUCUUCGCAAGCACUUUGGGUCUGAUCAGUGCUCCCCCGUACCACUUGCUGAUUUUUACUCCACCCGGCCAAAAGAGAACGAGGAUCCAUUCGAAUAUUGGCUAAGAUUGAAUGGAGCAGCUGAUGUUGCUGAUAGCCGUCUUCAAGAACAGGGUAAGACCUUUGACAAUCCAAGUGUUGAAGUUACUCGCAUGUUCAUCAGAAACUGUCCAUGUAAAGAUUUAGCUAUCACCUUCAGAUCUAAGACCAUAGAAAAAUGGUCAGCACAAGAUGUUCAGGAGGUGUUGGAUGAGUAUCAUAUGGAAAAGGGACUGCGGUCUGCUCGGAAAGAAAGCAGAAUCAGUGUGAACCGUGCGGAGGUGGACUGCACAACUUCCACAUCUGUUCAGAAGCAGGAACUGCAACAAUGUGUAGCCCCAGACAAUUCCACUAUGGACAGGCUGAUUAGCAUGUUGGAGAAAGUCCUACUUCAAGCCCAAGGCAACUCCCAGUCCAGCAGAAGGACUUCGCCAAGCCUGAGCUCAUCCAAUCCAACACACAGUACACCAAAGACCCUGUAA